AUGGGAAGGAUGGCAUGCUGUGAGAAGGUAGGGUUGAAGAAAGGACCAUGGACACCUGAAGAAGACAAGAAGCUUAUGUCUUAUGUUGAAAAACAUGGUCACGGAAACUGGCGUUCAGUUCCUGCCAAAGCGGGUCUUCUAAGAUGUGGGAAGAGUUGCAGAUUGAGGUGGAUUAACUACCUCAAACCUGAUAUAAAACGAGGAAACUUCACAUUUGAAGAAGAUUGUACCAUUAUUCGACUCCAUGCUCUUCUUGGAAACAAAUGGUCAACCAUAGCAUCUCACUUGCCCAAAAGAACAGACAAUGAGAUCAAGAAUUAUUGGAACACCAACAUCAAGAAAAGGCUUAAUAGAAUGGGCUUGGAUCCCAUUACUCACAAACCAAAAGCCAACACCUUUGAAAACUGUGGUGGUGAACAAUCUAAGGAAGCUAUCAAUAUGAAUCACAUUACACAAUGGGAGAGUGUUAGACUUGAAGCUGAAGCCAGAGAAUCUACAUUGCAUGUUGGAUCUAGCUUCUUCCAUUCUCCACAGCUAAUAUUAAGCAAAUUUCCCACUCAACCUCAAAGUUCACCAGAUUCCCUAUCAACCAAAUAUAACACCACAAACACAAUGCAUAGCAUGUAUGCCCUCAUGCUUGCCACAGAUCCUUGCCUUCCAUCACCAAUAUCUACGUUGACCUUUCCAAAGUUACCUAUCCCUACAAAUGUGACACAAUUCACCAACUCCAAAAGCUCACUCUCAUCAUGUAAGGGUGGUGAUGAUCAUGUCAUAGAAACUAGUAAUCAUAAUCAAAAGAUAAUAACAGAAGACUGUGUGUCAAGCAUGCAAGAUGACGACAUUAUGGUGGUUGUGGAUGCAAUACUUAGAACAGAAAGAUGUGAGAGUAUUGAAGAGUUGUUAAACGGGUCCACUACCAUGGAAGGUCUAAUUAAUGAUUCAAUUGAAAGUGAUAGAAGCGUAGGCACAUAA